AUGGAACCUACCGAGUAUAACCAAAAUGAUCAGGGUUUUCCGACUAACGACAAUACAAUACAUAUGUUGGAUCAAGAAAUAGAUCAGCCAAGUCAAUCUAUGAUAUUGAAUAAUGAUGAACAACAAUAUUCACAAGGAGAUUGUUUAGAACAUGAAACUUUCAGUGUAAAUAAAUCAGUCAAUAACAUCAAUGAAGGUUCUCUACAAAGUGCAUUGCUCGAUGUACCAGUGUUGCCUAGUAGCUUUGAUAAUUUACCAUCUACUAUAUUUACUUCUUUAUCUUACAACACCGUUGAAACAAUUAUAACUUUUGUUCCGUCGGAAUCAUGCACAUCAUCAAGCAAAGAAAAAGAUCAAAAACAAAAAAAGAAUUUUCUUGGUUUUCAUAUUAAAAUCGAAGAAGAACCGAAACAGAAUAUUUUCGAAGAUGUGCCUAAAGAUUCAACAACAUUAAUAUUUCAAAAUUUAUCAACCGAAGUUCACGUAAAUGAGUUCAAUAUUGCUCGAUAUCUUGGUUGCGGAAAAUAUGGUUCAGUAGAUGCUGUAAAAAUUAUUAGAUCAUCUUAUGAAAUCGAUCUUGCCGUUAAACGAAUUCCACUCAUAACAAAAACUGAAGAAUCUUCUGUUAUACAAACAGAAUUGAGCAUAAUAAAAGAAAUCAUGAAUUCAAGCACUUGUCCAUAUCUGAUUGAUUAUUACGGAUAUCUGAUUGAUACUGUUGUUUCAGCACUUGAAUUCUUAUCAGAGAAAAAUUAUUUUCAUCGUGAUAUUAAACCAGAAAAUAUUUUGGUUAAUACUCAAGUUAUUUUCAAACUGAGUGACUAUGGAAUCUGCUGUAAAAUAGAUGAAAUUUAUUCAGAUAAAUAUCAUCUUAUGGGAACAAUUCAUUAUUUAUCGCCAGAACUACUUGAUAUGCCACCCGAUUAUUGUUCGAAGCAAAGUGAAUUAUGGGCAUUAGGAAUUAGUUUAAUUGAAAUUAUUAAUGGUCAACAUCCAUAUAUGGGUUCGGACAUUUUGGAUCACUGGAUAUUAUUUCAAAGGUUUAAUCCAACAAUUUCUAAUCGAAAUUUUUCAAAAAAUAUUGAAGAUUUGAUUUUAUCUUUAGUGAAAAAGAAUGUUCAAUGUCGACUUGAUUCUUACAGUAAAAUUCUUAGCAUGCCAUUUAUUCAAAACAUACCAAAAGAAUCAACGAUCGAUGAAAUAAAAUUUAUCGAAUCAGUAAUAGAAAUUAUUCAAGAGUUACCAGUUGAAGCCAGUGAAUAUUAA